AUGACGGUUCAGUAUGCUCUUUUAGCCUUCAAAUCUCAAAUAACUUCCGAUCCAAAUGAUAUCUUGGCUAAAAAUUGGUCACAAGGAAGCCCAAUCUGUAAUUGGGUAGGCAUUACUUGUGGGAGUAGACAUCAAAGAGUUAGGGAGUUGAAUCUAGCAGAUAUGGGUGUAGGAGGUACUAAUGCUAACGAAAUCGGUGAACUUUCUUUUUUGAGAUCCUUGAUUAUUAGCAACAAUAAUUUCCUUGGAUCUAUCCCUGACGAAAUUGGUAAUUUAAGCCAGCUUAGAGAAAUAGAGAUGCAGGACAAUGAGCUGAACGGUCCGAUUCCAACAAGUUUCGGAUUUCUUGAAAAUCUACAGAAGAUAAAUCUCUCCCAUAACCGACUCUAUGGAGAAGUUCCUAAUAGGAUUUUCAACCUCUCUUUUUUUAUGGCAAUUGAUUUAAAAAACAAUAGUCUCUCAGGAAGUCUUCCCACAAAUAUCUGCAAUAAUCUUCCAAAUAUGGAGAGGCUAAGAAUUUCUUGUGAUCACAUAAGUGGUAACAUUCCUCCAAGCUUGGGAACAUGCAGGGAGCUUCAACUUCUUUCUCUAGCGUACAAUAAUUUUUCUGGAAGCAUUCCAAUGGAAAUCGGAAAUUUGUCAAAGCUUCAAUCUCUCUAUCUAGAAGGAAAUAAUUUGAUAGGUAUGUUUAAAGUGGUUUUCAUAUACAUAAAUCUCCCAAAACAUAAUGUCUUCCAAAAAAUUGUUAAAUUGAAAAAUAUUGUUAAUCAUUCACAUCAUAGAUAUUUCAUACAUUCAUAGUGACAUGUAUCAAUUUUGAUACACGUACAUUACAAUUUACACCUUGACUUAUCGAAUUUACAUAUGGCACAAUCUCACAUCUUACACACUUAAUUCAACCAUCUCAAUCUUGUCACAUCAUCCAUCUGUCAACAAGAAUGUCAAAGUUAAUGUACAAAUAGCUUAAUUGGACUUGCAUACAGUUGCCUAUUUAAUACGUCCUUUUACAUAGCUACAAUAAAAAUUAUGUAUGUACUUACCCACGAAACCUCAAUUUUGCAUUUUGGAUCUGGGAACCUAUUUUGGCCUACAAAUUAUUCAUGCAAAAGCAUGUAGAAACAUUGACCAACAAACCCGUCUUUAAUUCCUACCUAAAGAAUUGAAGUUGUCAUCACACCCUUUUAGACAUAAAAAAUGAUACAAUAAUCAAUAUGGCUUGACGAAAAAAUGAAUAAAAUUAGCUUUGACAAAUAUGUUUAAACAUGUAUAGCAUUUUCCAAAUAAUUAAAUGCAUCAUAAUAACAUCAAAUCAUAAAUACCCAAUCAGCAUGUACAUAAUA